CGGAAUUGAAGCUAUCGCUAUCCUUGAAAGUGGCUGUAUCUAGCUCUCCAGCUACCCCACCUGUUCUGUUUUACAUUGUACCAUGUAACUCUUUUUCCUGUUUUCCUGCCAAACACAACAGAAGUCUACUUCUAUUCAAAUCAAUUGAAGUAUUCUUGAUCUCAGGUUUUCAAUGGUGUCAGUCAAUACGGUGACGCGGUUCUGAAUUCACAAGCUUCUGCGAGCUCCCUUUCGACGUCAUCAUCACCAUGACCCCCAUCUUCAAAACAGCGUCUGCAGCUUCUGCAUCACGAUUUCUAUUACGAUCACGAUUCCAACCAUCUUCAUUACCCACUAUCAUGUCCCGGACAGCUUCCUCGUUAUCGCACGUUGUGCCAAAACUCAAGGAUCCGUCACUGUUGAAGCUCAAUGUUGCCUAUGUUAACGGGGAGUGGGUCAAGGCAAAGUCAGGGAAGACAUUUGAGGUAUUUGGUAUGCGGUGCUACCAAUUGAUUUCGGAUACCUGCGUUACUGAUACUGUGUAAGAUCCUACGUCAGGAAAACUCGUUGGAACUGCCCCCGAAUUCGAUGCCGAAGACACAAAACUUGCAAUUAAUGCCGCAGCAGCAGCAUUUCCUUCUUUCAAAGCUAAAACUGGUCGCGAGCGCUCGAAGCUUUUGCGGAAGUGGUACGAUUUGAUGGUACAAGCAACGAAAUAUUCCUGAAAAAAAUGGACAACCUACUAAUAAAGAGCAUAGGUCGAGAACUCGGAGGAUAUUGCGACGCUGAUUACCUGGGAAAAUGGCAAGCCUUUAGCAGAUGCCAAAGGGGAAGCAACCUACGCAGCAAACUUCUUUGAAUGGUUCAGUGAGGAAGCACCAAGGAUAUAUGGGGAUACCAUUCCAGCAUCGAUUGUCGGAAACAGAAUUGUCACUAUUAAAGAGCCAGUCGGAGUUUGUGGGUUGAUUACACCGUAGGGAUACAACAGGAUUGCUGUAUAUUGGAUGAAUAGCUGACCUUGAUAGAUGGAACUUUCCAGCAGCCAUGAUAAGUCGAAAGGUUGGCCCAGCUCUUGCAGCCGGCUGCACAGUAGUAGCAAAAUCUCCCGGAGAGACUCCCUUCACAGCACUUGCUAUUGCUGAACUCGCCCACCGAGCUGGAAUCCCGAAGGGCGUCGUGAAUAUCAUAAGCGCGCUAGAAAACACUCCCGAAGUUGGUGAGGUUUUGACAACAUCUCCAAUUGUAAAGAAAGUAUCCUUCACAGGCUCAACUGGCGUCGGAAAACUUCUUAUGAAACAAUCAUCUUCCACCCUCAAGAAGCUCUCUUUUGAACUAGGUGGAAACUCUCCAUUCAUCGUAUUCGACGAUGCAGAUCUAGACCUUGCCGUUGCUGGAGCUAUAGCAAGCAAAUUCCGCUCUUCAGGACAAACUUGUGUAUGUGCAAACCGAUUGUAUAUCCAAUCCGGAAUCUACGACCAGUUCGCCCAAGCUUUUGCAGCAAAGGUCAAGGAAUUCAGUGUUGGGGGAGGCUACAGUGAGGGGAUCACUCACGGACCUCUGAUCCAUGACCGAGCUAUUACCAAAGUUGAUGCUCACGUUCGUGAUGCAGUCAAGAAGGGCGGAAAAGUCAUCCAAGGAGGCCAGAAGAUGCCCGAAUUAGGAGAGAACUUCUUCCAGCCAACUGUGAUUACUGGUAUGACAGCUGACAUGGAUCUCGCGUCCGAAGAAACAUUCGGCCCUGUAGCAGGGCUCUUCAAAUUCGAGACGGAAGAGGAGGUUCUCAAGCUUGCUAAUGCGGCGGAUGUGGGACUUGCGGGAUACUUCUUCUCGAGGGAUUUGCAGCGUGUCACGAGGGUUGCGGAGGCAUUGGAAGUCGGCAUGGUGGGCGUAAAUACGGGGCUUAUUAGCGACCCUGCGGCGCCGUUUGGGGGAGUGAAGGAGAGUGGGUUUGGGAGAGAGGGGAGUAAGUAUGGGCUUGGGGAGUAUCAGACUGUCAAGACGGUUACUUGGGGUGGGAAUUAAGGGAUAAGAGAAUUCCUUGAGGAAAUCCAAUUUCUUGACAUGAAUUAUAAUUUAUGGUAUCAAAAGAAUCAUUGCUGGAUAUGUAAAUAUGGUGAUCUAACUUUGGAUUAAGACUGAGAUUUUCGGAUUUUGGGGAGGUCAUGUCUUGAUUAUAGGUCGUAGGUGUCGAGAACUCGGCUAGAGGAAGAAGAGCGGGAACCAAACCUACGCUAAUGCUUUUUCUUUAACCUUGUUCUCCAAUAAUAUAUUGAUUUUCACUAGUACUUUUAUUUUAUCCUAG